GACACUACGGCGUCCCUGGAACUUCUGUUGCCGCUCGCAAGGUGCGAGAAAUACCGGGCAGCAUGUAUCUGACUCUUAUCUUCCUACUCUGUGCGCUGAUUCUUUUAUACAGAUAUUUGAAGGAGAACUACAAAGUUUUUAUCAAAGAUGGCGUGAAUGGUCCAAAGCCUGUCUAUCUCAUCGGAAACCUCGGAGAGUUUGCCGGAAAGGACCCCGGUCAAACAUUUUGUGAGCUCACAAAGCGAUUUGGCAAAGUAUUUGGAUUCUACCAGGGGCUGACUCCAAGUAUUGUAGUGUCCGAUCCUGAUCUCAUUCAGAAGAUCCUUGUCAAGAACUUUUUCAAGUUUAACGGCAGGCCGCGCAUUUUGCCUUUCCUGCACGGAGAGGAAGAGGGAGUUCUACAAAACCUCAACGGCACCCAAUGGAAACUAAUGCGUGAAGCCACGGCGUCGGCGUUUAAGAACACCAACCUCAGUAUGAUGUUUCCAAAAUUGCUGUCCGUUGCCGAUCGGUUUGUUGAUAAGCUUCAGCAGCUGGAUUUGAAAUACCCAGAAGGAUUCGACAUCCAAAGCCUCAAUGAGCGUUAUGCGCUGGAUUCUGUGACCUCAACAGCCCUCGGCCUCGAGACCAACGCCAUAGCCGACGCAGAAGGAUGCCUGAUGCUACAAUACAUGCACGCGUACCACAAUUCUGCUUCACCUGAAAACCCGGCUUCUGGCUUAGCCCGUGUAUAUCACUGGCUUGAAGUCUUGAAGAUACUGGACAUCAAGCACAAACGCCUGGCCAAAGAAUGUUUUGAUCACCUUUCUCAACAUAUGGAAUUGGAGCGACGAAAGCUAAAUACGUCUGCGAGGACAAAAAAUGUUCUGCAACACCUGCUGACCUAUAACGCCACCAGCAAGGACCAUGCCACCAACCCCGCGCGCAGCCCGCUGACCACCACCGAGAUCCUAGGCCUGACGUCAGGCAUGGUCGGGGGAGGGGUUGGCCCCACUGCCUCAGCCCUCGGCUUCACACUCCACUGCCUGGCCGUCCAUCCACGCCACCAGGAGAAGUUGUGGCAAGAAGUGCAAGACGUUUGUGGGGUGGAGGGGGUCUUUACUAUAGACCAGGUUCGACAAAUAGACUACUUAGACCAGGUCAUCAAUGAAUCUCUGAGAUUGUAUCCUGUUGCUCCGGGGGUGGCUCGCACUUGUUCAGAGGACUGUGUAGUGAACGGCGUUCAGUUUCGAGCGGGCACGGAGGUUCGUCUAAUGGGGAUCACGCAGUACAUGGACCCGGAGAUCUACCCGGACCCUCUUACCUUUAAACCAGAAAGAUUUUCAAAAGAUGAAUUAAGACAUCCUGGUUCUUGGCUUCCUUUCGGAGGCGGACCGCGCAUGUGUGUGGGAAUUCGCCUGGCCCAGCUGCAGCUCAAAGUAGCAAUCAUCAAGCUCCUUCAGAACUUUGAGAUCUCGACCUCUGACUUAACGCAAGAUCCGCUUCCGGUGGCAUUGCGCCCACACUUGAGCCCCAGAAAUGGUGUUCACAUUCGACUGAAGAGACGGGUUCACUGAUGACAGGACACACAUCUUCGUAAAAGUUUGCGGGUCUUUAACAACUCUGAUUUGCAUCUAGUAUUUAUACAAGGAAACUAUAUCACUUACUACUUGAAAUGUGUGGCGUCUGAAGGCCACCGGGAUUCAGAGUACCAUGUUGACCUACCUACCCUCAGAAUUUCACAUCGGUAACACUCCCACUCAAAAUGCCUGUUUUCUGUCGUAUUUAUGCUUUUAUCAACAUCAACAUGAACGACAUUUUUUCAACAAUGAGUGUCAGUAGUUUUCAGAUUAUUGUCACAACUUUGACCUCGCCUUCCUGCCGAAACUGUACCUCUGGAAUCACUACCUCCGUUUGGAAGAACUGUAAAGCGGGUGUAAACUCAGACUCAUGACAUCUGCUUUCGGUUUUUAGGAUGGUGACAGGUACUAGUCAAAAGUGCGAGAAUCCCCGAAAACUAAAAAAUGUAUGAUUGUUCGAGGUUUCUUCAGAUAGCUGGUCAUUCCCGAUAAUUUAGUUCCUCGUGUUUUUUCCAUUAUAGUACUAGAAAUCGUAGUUUUGGUUAGAGAAAAUCGUAAAAGUUAACGCACCUGUUUCUGUAGUAAGAUCUCUAAGCAGCCAUUCAAAAUCCGUACCAGCCAGCAGGUCUGGCUAAUGGUCUGCAGUUUGCGUAUUUUCGUCUUUGGUAGAAAGCAAAACAAUUAUUAAGGAUGCUGUCUUUCUGCUGUAUCCUUUGGUUAAAAGAAAAACAAACAAACCUGAAGACCUCGUUUUGCCGACUUGAUGAUGCUGCCCGCUGUUGAGGAAAGUUGAUUAAAGGGCGAGCACUGAAAUCCCAGCAGAAAUCCAGAGUUGUGUCCCUGGUUGUGAAGGAGCUUUUACAAUGAACAAGCAGACGGCGGAUGUGAUAAUGGACUACGUUCUGUUCUUUACUAUGUGCUGAUUAUAGCUUGAACACAUACCGCAUAAAUUGACAUUCUGUGCAUCUUUACAAGUUUAAUUUGUUUGCAUAUUUUAUCUAGACCUGAGGUGGGCAAAGUUUUCUUUUGGCGGGCCGGUCUCAGAAUUCUAAGCUAUGCGGCAGGCCGUUAAAAUACUUUAAAAAAUAACCCCAUAAAGGUGACUACACAACAAACUUAGUGAUAAUGGAAUGGACAACGAAAGAGUACAUAAUGGGGUUCACUUACCGAAUUUAUUCCGUAAAGUGAAGCUGUUUGAAUUCGCUCACAAUAAGCUUUAAAACCAGCCUUUCCUUUGAAGCAGCCGCUCCCGAUGUUCUCUAACUGCUACAUCAGACAUGUCAACAGUGUUAUUUGUUAUCUUUGUACUUUGUGUUAGAAUAUUUUACGAACUGCCGAUUUCUAACGCUGUUGCACUUGGAAAAUUACAUUUCAAUCAAAUUAACCUAGUGCACUUCACAUCCUGGCAGACGGGGCGUGCUUUGCCCACCCCUGAUCUAGACUGUUAAUAUUGUGGACAGACUAAUGUUUCCUUGGCGUGAAACGAAGGCUUGCUGCUUGAUGAUAACUUUCCCUCAUUCUUGAAGUCAGCCUACUUUUUUGCAUUUUGCAUACAUCGAAGUGGCAAAGUGGUUCGGGCCUUCGGGGUGUUGUAUGAUCGAACGCAAUAAAAAUUAGAGAAAGAGUACCUCACAAUCCUAACAAAAAUAACAUUUAAUCCAUAUAAUUUAUUUCUAUAAAAACUUUUAAAAUAAAUUUUUUUUGAAAUAGAAAUCUUGAGAUGUAA